CGUUGGCUUGGGCCUCGAGCGAGCUUCCGGGUUGCUAAGAGGCAGGAGGGCGCAGGGGCGGCCGUUGUAUCUUUGCUGGCCCAGUCCAAGAAGCCCCAGAAGCCAAAGGAAUCGCUUCCAGCGCCGCCUCCGCCCAAGCUUCCAGUGCCACAGGGCGUCGGCAGUGAGUAACCGGCAGCCCCGGGACCUCACAGGCAGCUGGGCGAUGGGAACCGUGAAGGGCAAGAAACCGGUCGGCAGGGGGACGCGGCUCUUGCGGACCUGGGCCCUGCCACCCCUCUUGCCUCUCUGGUCCAAGUAGGCCCCUCCCCACGGCCCCAGGCUCCGCCCCCUUUUUCUCUCAUUGCUCGCAGCCGCGAGGUCGAGCUGGCGUUUUUUAGGUCUAGACUUCGGUCUUGCUUUAUUCCUCCUCCUGCUCCUUGGUCCAAGCUGUCUUCCACGCAUUAACACCCCCCCUCACCCAAUCCCUUUACCAAUUGGGCAUUCCUUUUUUUUUUUUUAAAGUCUCAGACGCUUUAUGAUACCUAUGAAACCCGCGGGAAGGAAUGUGGGGGAGCCAACGUUGUCCAUUAUGAGGGUGGCCUCCCGAGAAAUAGUUAAUAGUUCUAAAAGAACCUCAUCCCCAAAUGCACAUAGUACUUAUUCAGUCUUGGAAGAGAAGGCAUGUUUGUUGAGUCAGUCUUUUUAUAAUGCAUAGGGAUCGAUAAUCUUAAGGGAGAAGAGCAUUUUUAGGAUAUUUUAAAAUGUGUUUUUUUAAAAAAGAAUUAUUCUAUGUUGAAUCUAUUUUUCCCAACCGUUGUGAGGGAUUAUAUACAGAAACUGAACUUGUACUGGUUUAUACAACACAAAUUGGAAAAGACCCUAGGUUUGAACUCAAAUCUGAUUUUGAAUUCCAGCUCUGGCACGUGUUAGAGAAAAAAAGACUGGUGGCAAAACUUCUGUAGACAUGGCUAGUUCUGACAUGAAACCAAAAUCAAUAAGUCGCGCCAAAAAAUGGUCAGAUGAGAUAGAGAAUCUGUACAGAUUUCAACAAGCAGGAUAUCGGGAUGAAAUUGAAUAUAAACAAGUGAAGCAAGUCGCUAUGGUAGAUCGUUGGCCAGAGACAGGCUAUGUGAAGAAACUUCAGAGAAGAGAUAAUACUUUCUAUUACUAUAAUAAACAGAGGGAAUGUGAAGACAAGGAGGUUCAUAAAGUGAAAAUUUAUGCUUAUUAGCAUUUCUUCCUUGUGUGAUUUGUUAUUUAUUUUAAAAAAACCCACUGAGUUUCAUGAUAUAACAUGUAAAAUGUAUGUCACAUCACCAGCUGUACUCUUCACUUUAAUGCUUUUGUAACAUAAAAGUAAUGAAACUAGCUUUCUUUUAAGCCACCUUGCCCCAUAGUUUAAAAUAUCUGAUAGAUAAGUGAAUAAAUAAAUUGUCAUCUUCUAAAAAUAAAUCAGGGGAAAAUUGGUUAUUUCUCUAUUUUGGGGAUUGAGUUAAAAAGCAAAUAACUUAUUUUUCAGGAAUGUUGUCACAUUAAAUCAACCCUAUUUAUAUUAGAAAAAGUCAUGCUUUUGAAUCAUGCCUGACAUCGCAUAGAAUUUACUUAAGUUUUCAAGUGACUGCAAAUAAAAUUUUACUAAGAUAAUUUUUAAAAGAUGAUAUAAACCUUGUCAUUAGCAUCACUCCACCCAGCACAGUGCUUUUUACCUUCUCUUCAAAUUCAUCAAGCCAUGAACAGCAAACUCUGUAGGGCAAAGAAGGGGAAAAAAUUUCCUGUUUAUCAGAUCAUCUGAGGAAACCAGAAAUAAACCUAACCGCCUUAGAUAUUCAGCAUAGCCAAGUUCCUAAAAAGCAAUUGGGCCAGCUAAAUGGCAGUGGAUAGAGCACCAGGCCUGGAGUCAGGCAAACCUAAGUUUAGAUCCAAUCUUAGGCAGUAGUCGUGUGACCCAGGGCAAAUCAUCUGCUUGUCUCACUUUCUUCAUCUUUAAAAUGAGGAUAAUAUUCGCACCUACCUUGCAGACUUGUUAUGAGGCUCAGAUGAGAUAAGUAUAAAGUACUUGGCACAUAGCAAGUGCUGUAUAAAUGUUAGUUAUUAUUAUUAUCAUUAUCUGAAGGGAUUUAUAUAACUCCCAAGCUUCAUCAAAGAAUAAUCAUUAUACAGUUUUCUCUAGUGAUUUAAUUUAGUGAUACUAAGCCCUUAUGCCCCAACUUCCCACCCCCCUCCCCUGCCACCACUCUGCCCGAAGAGAGGAAGCAGAAAUAUUUAGAAUGAAUGAUGAGCAGCCUCUGACCAAAAAGAGGAAUUCUGCCAGCCUCCUUGUUUAGAUAAGUUACGCAUGACUGGAGUAUUCAAACUACCUGGGAUCUUAAAUUGGUAUAUUUGUAAAAGUCUGUAGCCCCCAUGAGAUCAUGGACUCUUUUAAACCCCAUGGACUCUAAUCCCUUCCGCCCAACCACUUUUCCACUAAGAAUUGGCCUAUAGUCUGGAUAGAGACAAUUGCUUGGGUUAUAGUUAUGUGGCUUCAUUUCUCCAAAAUAGAUAAGUAUGGGGACCCAAGAGUGCUGGUCAGGCAUCAACAAAUAGCUCCUUAUACCUUUUUUUAUGUGCGUGAGCAUUCCACUAGUGAUUUAAGUGCUAUUAAUAAACUCUGUACUUAGAUUACAGAAGAAUGUGACUAUGUUUCUAUUUUUUGAGAUUCAGAACCAAGACUAACUCAACUAACUAUAGCUUCCUGUCAUCUUUUUCUCUGUCAGUUCAUUCCUCUAAAUAAUGAUCUGAAACCCAAACACAAAUACUCAGGCUUCUUUAAUAUAUUUCCUACAGAGUGAAUAAACAUUCUUACACAAGUGCACAGGUUUGGGCUAGUUUUAUGUAUGUGUGUAUAUACAUACAUAUACACAUAUAGAUUCACUGUAAUUUCAUUUAUUGGACUAAUGAAACAGCAAAGGAAAAGGUACAAUUUAGGAACAUAAAAAUCUCAGAAUUCUUGGCAAGUUUUACAUGUAUUUAGUUCACAUAGGCCAUAGAUAAUAUGCACUAUAUUUUAUGUCUUCCCUUUGAAGACUGGCACACUUAGACAUUUUAAAUUAUCCAAGGAACAUUAAUCCAUAUAACAUUAUUGGGUAAGGAUUGUUGUUGUGUAUAUAGCAGAGACCCCUGAUCAACUGACUUUCCCCUAGCCAGUUAAUGAAAUCAUAAAAUGUGAGGGGGUAGAUAAAGAGGCAAGAUGUUAAGAUCUUAAAGUGAAAAAAAAAAGGGGGUCAUUCAGGCAUAAGGGAAUUAUAAGAUAGCUAGCUAUUGGCUCCCUGUUGGUCCUUUUAAAAAAUCUAGACACAUUGUUUAGGUAAUUAAUAAACAUUGCCUUGAGCAGUGUGACCUCACCAACAGAGAAGAGAGUCAGCCAUAGAUUCAAGAAAGAAUUAGCUCUGACAAUCAGUUGAGCAGCAGUGCAGAUCCCAGGUGAAUUACCUGCCCAGCAAGAGACUUUGCCCAGGAGGGAGUGGAAUGAAAAUACCAAAAGAGAAAGGGUUUCGAGAGUCCACAAUGCCCAAGGUAUGAGUUGACUUUGUCACAUGUGUUUCACCAUGUAUGUGCUUCUCUACCCGCGUACUCUAUGUAUCCACAUUUCCUACAGAAUCUGUGUAUUUGUUGGAGAAUACACCCCAAGUUUAUGGGGGGAAUGUUUUGUAGCUACUGAUCUUAGGAUGCAUCUAGGUUAAUUCAGAUCUCUGUAAAGGUUGAAGGUAAUUUAGUAAAACAAACUUAACAUAUAGCUGAGGUAUUUUGCUUCUUGACAAUACAACAAUAAGAGAAUCUAGAAGAAUAGAUAAAUCUGUUUUUCUUAAGUAACAUAGCAAGCCUUUGUCAAUUAUUGGUCAAACAUUUCAAUACUGAAUUCUCUAAUUGAAGCUUUUAAUGCAAAUGUUCUAUAUUGUCAGUUAUUAGGAGAUCCUCAUGUUAUAUAUUUUUUAAAUUUUAUAUUUCUAUUUCCAAAUUCACUCUAGCCCUUCUGCUACCUUGAUAAGGCAAGAAUUAUAUCUGUUAUACAUAUGAAGUCAUGUAAAACAUUUCUACAUUAGCCAUGUUUAAAAAAAAGAAAAAGGAAAAAAGACAUGCUUCAAUUUGCACUCUUGAGUCCAUCUUUCUCUGGAAGUGGAUAGCAUUUUGCAGAAUCUAUCCUUUGGAGUUGCUGCAAAGCAUUGUAUUCCUCAGAGUUACUAAAUCUUUUUUUGGGGGGGGGGUAAGGCAAUUGGGGUUAAGUGACUUGCCCAGGGUCACACAGCUAGUAAGUGUUAAGUGUCUGAGGUCGGAUUUGAACUCAGGUACUCCUGAAUCCAGGGCCAGUGCUCUAUCCACUGUGCCACCUAGCUGCCCCUAGAGUUACUAAUUCUGACACAGUUAAUUAGCUUUACAAAAUUGCUGUUGCUGUAUAGAUUGUUCUUCUGGUUCUGCUUGCUUCACUUUGCAUCAGUUCAUACAAGUCUCAGGUUUUUCUGAAAGUACCCCCCUUCAUCAUUUCUUACAGCACAAUGUUCCAUCAC